AUGGGUAUAUUUUCAGUGGCAUUUGGGGUUCUGUUGGUAUCAAUACUUACAUGGGUGCAUGUAGUGAGUGGGAUUGGUGCUAACUGGGGCACACAGGCAACCCAUCAACUCCCUCCAGAUACAGUGGUGAGACUGCUAUGGGAAAAUGGGAUUCAGAAGGUUAAGCUUUUUGAUGCCAGUUAUGAUACUCUAAAAGCUCUGGGAAAGUAUGAGAUUGAGGUUAUGGUGGGUAUCCCCAAUGAUAUGCUUGCUUCUAUGGCUAGCAGCAUGAAGGCUGCAGAGAAAUGGGUUGAUAAAAAUGUCUCUACUCAUAUGACCACCAAUAAUGUCAACAUCAGGUUAGCCUCCUUUAUCACCCCCUUAUUUAGUUUCAUGAUUAUGUGUCAUUCAAUACCUCUUGAAGUAUUUGAGGAACUGAUAUGAUUGUAUUAUAGAGUAUCUUAUUUUCAUGCUCAUGGUUUUGUUUUCUAGUUGUUGAGGUGAUUAAUUUCCCUAAUGUGAGCUGUAGCAAGCAGGAUUAGGCUUUUCUUGUGAUUAUUAAUUUGUUAGUGGGUUUUGUUCAUCCACAUUUUAUAU